AUUAAUUUAGCAGAAGGAACCAACACCGCAUACUUGCAUCUCCUUUCGAUUUGUGUCACUGGCCGCCAGGGGCGGAGCCAGGCCUGUUGCUCAAGGAUGCUCACAAGAGGAUUCAUCAAGUAUUUAGUUCAUUAGUAUGUAAAAUCCACAAGUAUAGCACCAUUUAGUCAUAUCUUAGCACCUUCCUUGUCCGGUUUCCGGCUCCGCCACUGCUGGCCGCAGUAAAACCGUACUGCUUAGCUGCCAUGAAGUGCAUGCGUUUCUUCCUCACACACCUCCUCUGCCUCGGCCUGAGCCUCCUAAGCACCGGCGGGGACGCGCAAGAGCGAUUCGUGUACUCGGGCUUCUCCAGCGCCACGAAUCUCACCCUGGACGGCGUGGCGGGGGUGACCGCAGACGGCAAGCUCGAGCUGACCAACGGCACGCUCCAGCGCAAAGGCCACGCCUUCUACCCUGCGCCGCUGCGCUUCAGCCCCAACCGGUCUUUCUCCGCUUCCUUCGUCUUCGGCAUCCUGUCCGACCACGCGGGCCUGAGCGCCCACGGGAUGGCCUUCGUCGUCUCCGGCGCCGGCGUGGACUUCUCCGCCGCGCUGCCGAGCGGCUACCUGGGCCUCCUCAACGUGACGAGCAACAACAACGGCAGCUCCAGCAACCGCCUGUUCGCCGUCGAGCUGGACACGAUGCAGAACGACGAGUUCGGCGACCUCAACGACAACCACCUCGGCGUCGACGUCAACAGCCUCCGCUCCCUGCAGUCCUACUCCGCCGGCUACUUCGACGACAACGGCGAGUUCCGCAACCUGACCUUGAUCAGCGGCGAGGCCAUGCAAGUGUGGGUGGAGUACGACGGAGAGUCCACGCAGAUCAACGUCACCAUGGCCCCGCUCAACGUGGCCAAACCGGCGAGGCCGCUGGUCUCCGCCAAAUAUGACCUCUCCACGGUGCUCACGGACGCCUCCUACGUCGGCUUCUCCGCGGCCACGGGCGGCACGCUCAGAUCGCGGCACUACGUGCUUGGAUGGAGCUUCGGGAUGGACGGCCCUGCCCCGGCCAUCGACAUCGGCGCGCUGCCCAAGCUUCCUCCUGUUGGUCCCAAGGACAGAUCCAGAGUCUUGGAGAUUGUCCUCCCGCUAGCGACCGCAGCGUUCCUCCUCGCGGUCGGCGCGGUCCUCUUCGUCCUCGUACGAAGGCACCGGAGGUACGCUGAGCUGCUGGAAGAUUGGGAGGACGAGUUCGGCCCACACCGGUUCAUGUACAAAGAUCUGUUCCAUGCCACGGAAGGAUUCAAGAGCAGCCACCUGCUAGGCAUAGGAGGAUUCGGAAGGGUGUACAAGGGGGUGCUUCCUGUGUCCAAGUCGGAAAUCGCCGUGAAGCGGGUAUCACACGGGUCAAAGCAAGGCAUGAAGGAGUUCAUCGCCGAGGUUGUUAGCCUUGGUCGCCUCCAGCACCGCAAUCUCGUGCAGUUACAUGGCUACUGCAGGCGCAAAGGUGAACUCCUUCUGGUAUAUGAGAAUAUGUCAAAUGGAAGCCUGGACAAGUACUUGCAUGCUAAUGACCAGGCCCCCCACAAGUUGGAUUGGGUUAAUAGGUUUCGGAUCAUCAAAGGUAUCGCUUCUGGGUUAGUCUACCUUCAUCAUGAGUGGGAGAAAGUGGUGAUCCAUCGAGACAUCAAGGCGAGUAACGUGCUCCUCGACGAUGAGAUGAAUGGAAGAUUGGGUGACUUUGGCCUGGCAAGGUUGUAUGAUCACGGGUCCGACCCACUGACUACCCAUGUUGUUGGCACCAUAGGAUACAUAGCUCCAGAGCUUGGUCGCAAUGGCAAGGCGUCCCCUCUUACUGACAUAUUUGCCUUCGGGGUGUUCAUGCUAGAGGUUACAUGUGGGCAGAGACCUGUCAAGCAGGGCGGGAGAUACAACCAGGUCUUGUUGGUUGACUGGGUGCUUCAACACUGGCAAAAUGGGUCACUUUUGGAUACAGUGGAUAUUAGACUCCAAGGCAACUACGAUGCUAAUGAGGCUAGUUUAGUGCUAAAGCUUGGACUUUUGUGCACACACCCAUUCAGCAAUGCAAGGCCAAGAAUGCACCAAAUCAUGCAGUACCUUGACGGCGACAUGCCGUUGCCAGAGAUGGUACCGACCCAUCAGAUAUCUGACAUGGUGGUGCCAUUCCAAACAGAGGAAUUUCACCGGUAUGAUACAGCUAAUCUCCUAUCCAAGGCAAGCAAUGGGACUAUAUCUAGCCUCUCGGGAGGAAGAUAACAAACAUGAUCGGUGUGUGCCUGCCUCCCUGCCUGGGUGUUACCAACCCCAUAGUAUAAAACUUGAAACUUUGGAUUUUUGACUACUAGCAUCUUUUUUAAAGCAUUUACAAUGCAAGGCGUCAGAGGUAUGCUUACGGAAUAUAAACCGACUUUUGUUUUGUUUAAGUAGUGGGGUGCUUGUUUCUAUAGGACAUUCCUAAUUAGACACAUCUGCUAUAGAAAAAAACAUUGAUGCUUAAGAUAUAUAAACCGGUUUAAUUUUGUAAA